GUGUACAUUUUUUUGCAAAAGAAAUGCUUCAUUAGAUUUCGAAUUAAGCUUAAAAUAAAUCAAUUAGUAUGGAGAACUACGAUAUAAUAUCAUUCGUAGGUGAAGGGUCAUUUGGUCGAGUGUUUAAGGCAAAGAAUAAAGAAACCGAUGUUGUAGUGGCCUUAAAAGUUAUACGCAAGAAAGGCCGCUCGUCAAAAGACUUGAAGAACUUAAGGCAGGAAUGUGACAUUCAGCGUACACUUGAGCACCCGAACAUUAUACGAAUGAUCGAUAGCUUUGACACGGAAUCAGAGUUGGUGGUAGUCACAGAAUAUGCUGAGAAAGAACUUCACAGUAUAUUGGCUAAAGAGGGCUGUUUAAAUGAGGAGCAAGUGAAGAAGAUUACCUGGGAUUUGGUGUCUGCUCUGUACUACUUACAUUCACACAGGGUUUUACAUCGGGAUCUGAAGCCCCAGAAUGUAUUGCUAGACAGCAGUGGCUGCGCUAAGCUCUGUGACUUUGGAUUGGCUAGAAUAAUGACCAACUCCACCCACAUUCUAACUUCCAUAAAGGGGACUCCGUUGUAUAUGGCUCCUGAACUCAUUGAUGAGAAACCUUAUGAUCACCAGGCAGAUCUCUGGUCCCUUGGGUGCAUAGUGUACGAGCUGAUGGCCGGACAGCCGCCGUUCUGCACCAUGUCAAUCCUGCAGCUGGUCAGGAUGAUUCGCCACAAGCCGGUGCAGUGGCCAAGCUUCAUCAGCAAGGAUGCACGCUCUUUCUUACAGGGACUGUUACACAAAGACCCCAUGAAAAGGAUGACUUGGCCAGAUAUACUGGCGCACCCAUUUGUAGUGGGCCACAUUCUCAUUUUGCCCGAAGACGUGCAAAGUGAAUCACCCUUCACACAACCAUUGAGCCACAGCCAGCAGGAGGCAAAGCGGCUACAGCGGGAUAAGAUUAGCAGCAAUGCAAGGGCAAUGAAACUGGACAAUGAACCUUUAAAAGUAGUAAACAGAAGAGAACACGACCUCCGUCACAUACGUGGCGUAACUCAACCCGCAGAGUGCGUGCCCAUGUCCGACGACGACAGCGUGCGGGCCACCAGCGCGUUCAGCGUGCGAGACAGCCUCAAAACUGACGACGAAGACCAGUCGCAACCCAUCACUGUCGCCAACGCAAAACUACUAAGGCACGAGUACAACGUCAUGAAUAAUUCUAAUCUUGUCGUCUGUAAUUUAGAAAAUAAUAUGGCGCAACUUAUGGCAACUAAUAAAAAACAUAAUGCAGCUGUCAAGAAUAUUCAAAUGGACAAAAUUCUUGAGGAGAAACAGACAGAAAAACCUAAAACAGAAGCCUCAAACGCAAGUGAGAAGAUUGAAGCUGUUGAUGUGAAACAGAAACCGAAAAGUGUAGAUACCGCGUCACACAGUUUAGAGAAUCCUAAAAGUUCAACGAAAUGCAGCAGUGAGGUUAGUUCCGGACUUAGUAAGAGCGUGCCGCCGUCUUAUAAGCAAAAGUUGCUGCAGUUCUCAAGAGAUAAACUGAGGUUCGCCAGCGGCGGGAACAGAUUGACAAGAAGCAUCAAGCGAUCAUUUCAUUUUAGUAGGAGUUGGGAUAAGAAUAAGUCUGAAAAUCAGAGACGAACUAGUGAACCAGCCAUUGAAAUCCCAAGUAUUGACGUGGAUCAAGAAAAAUGCUCAAAGGAGACCAAGGAUGAAGAUAUUGAAAAGAUAGAAUUGAUUGAAGAAGUUUCUGAUAAAGAGGUAGCUAAUAAUGAUGAAAUUGUCAUACCGGAAGAAAAACACGAAGUCAAGGAGCCGUCCGCCAUUGAGCUGGAGGAAUGGGAAGCGUUCCUGAAUUCCAAUAUUAGUGAAGUAAUGGAUGGCGACGUUGAAUCUCUCACGCAGCUGAAUAUGGUGAGCAUGGUGGUGGGCGUGGUGGGCAGCUCGGGAGCGGGCGCGCGCGGCGGGCGCGUGUGCGGCGCCGUGGCCGCGCUGCUCGCGCUGCCGGCCGUGUCGCCCGCGCUGCCCCGCCACACGCUGCUACACAUACAGGACGUAUAUCUCGAAGCUAAAGUUGUGUACGAGUUCAUCGCAGCCAUUAACUCGUUGAUGAAGGACUGCAAGAACGAUGACGACAUGGAAGACAGAUUGACGGGCACGGGUCGGAUGCUGGAGGUGUGCGCGUGGCUAUGCGCACGCUCGUGCCGCGCCGUUCGGCAGCUGGCGGCGGCCACGGCUGCGCACCGCGCCUAUGCUGUCUUCACGCGACUGCUGACCUUGUGUUCAAAAACACCUCGCAUAGUUCUUAACAUCGUGGGCCUCCUCAUCACCAUACUCCAAGACCUGCCCGAACACGCUGACGUCGUCGAGAAGAUUCUAUUCGACGACAAAAGCUUCAAUUUCAUGUGUCUCUUGGAACAACCUAGCGACGCCUUGAGAAUGCGAGUCUGUAUACUUAUUAGUCUAUUAUGUACAUUUUCGUGUACCGCUUUCUCGGUUGCCAUGGAGACGAAGUGGAGUAAAGCGGAGAGCGAUUGUUUGGAGGCGUUGCAUACGCAUUGCAAUGUGACGCUGAACAGGGCAGCCAGGUUAGCUACUAAGGAGCUUAGUAAUAUGCCGUUUUAUAACUAAUUAGCUUAUAUUCAGUAUCAUACCGUCCAAUUUCUUUAUACUUAAGAACAAAUGCGACUGUUUAAAGUAUAUUUAAAUGGUAAUUUAAAAACCCAAUUUCAUAAUUUUGCAAGGAGCAAAAUUAUUUUAGUCACCAGGACAAUGAUGGGCAGUUUCAGGGUAGUUGUUUAACCCUUAAUUGGGCAUAAGGAGUAUAUUUCCCAUCCUAUUUUGAACUUUAUCUUUUUUUGACAGGUUUCAGAAUUGACUAGGUAAAUUUUGAAAUCCUUUAGGGUAUAGUGCUGUGGUCCGUUAGACGUUAGAGUAUAAGAACUAAUAACAUCGACAAUCGACAAUGUUAGUUAGUUGAAGGAAUGCCGAGAUUUAAAACACAAAAUCGAUUCUGGUAUGAACUGUCCUGAAGUGGUCCUGUAUAAAGGAAUGAAGAUAUUUCGCCAUAAAGUUAACAUUAUCUUUAUGCUCCUUCAAUGCUCUAACUAUACCAUGGUCCACACUGUCAACCGACAAUUCAUGAACCGUAUUACAAAGACAUAAGGUCAAACGAUGGUUAGUUAAGACUGUCUGUUAUUACCUACCCACUCCACAUUUACGAAACUAACUUUUUUAUUGGAGUUGAGGUUUGUUUGAUUUCGUUCAGUUCGAAAAACAAAUGAAACUCUGUCAAUUUACUUGAAUGAGGCUGGCUGAACGAUUGACUAAAAUAUUGAAGCGCCUAUAAAUACACCAGAGCAAAAGCUUCUUCGUUAGCGAUUACUAUAAGCACUCCUAGGUGAAUUGCAAAAAAAUUAUAGAUAGUUAAACCCAGUUAAGCGACUUGUAGUUAGACUUAAGUUAAUUGAUCCAUUGUGUUACGAAAAUUAACUAUGUAAAUUGUAUUGUCUUUAGAGAUUGUUCUUAAAUCAUACACAUAUAAUGUUAUGCUCCAACACACUUUUGUACCUACAUGUAACUUUAAUAGAAACUCCUUAAUUGUCGUAACACAAUGGAAUCAAUAAAAUCAAAGGUCCUUAAUUAUGUACUUUUUCUGCAAUUCGGGUCCCUCCUGUUGUUUGUUGCAAGUUAUACAAUUUAUUUUAAGUCUCCUUUUUUGAAGUUAUACCCCGGAUCCCGGAACUACAUAUGAUGUAUUAGAAUUUGUUAUGUGGUUCCUUAUUUAGUGAUAGGUAUUUCAUGGCAUUGGAUGCUAAAAAAUGUGAAGAUAGUGGAACUUAAGUUGAUAACUAAGAAAUCUCUUUUUACAAGACUGAAAUAUAACGUCAUUUUUAGAAUUUGCGAAAGAUGACCAAUUUUAUUGAUUAGGUACAUGUAUUGUCUUUACAUACACGAUUUUAAUACCUUAGACCGCCUUUAUAUUUUAUUAUAUGGUGGUUCCAAUCACUACGCUUCUCCGGCUUCUCAUUAAAAAACCGUUCAAUCUUAUUCCAACACACCUUACAUAGAUUAUGCAUACGUACCUAAUGAAGUAAUUUGUAUGAGACUAUGUAGGUAAACAUUUAUUAUUCACCUGAGAAAAUAAGUGCCAUAAAAAUCAA